GCCCGUCUGACAUCUCGAUUCGAUCGCGCGUUCGGAAUCGUUUUUAAUGCCAAUUACAAUAGAGAAUCAGUGCGCACAACCAGAGGACAUAAAUCCCACUCCAAGAUCCAAGGAGCUGCGGGAACUUUUUAUUCAAGUGUUACAAGAAAAUUCACCCUGCGAUGCCAUUUUAUUGUCGGGCGGACUGGAUACCUCCGUCAUAGCAGAAGCCUGCUCCGAUCAACCUAACAUCCUAAACAUCAGUACUGGCAUUACUGUCUGCUGUGGUGAAACUGCAUCUGAUCGUCCAUUUUCAACGGAGAUAGCUCGAAAGCUUGGCGUUCAGCAUAAGCUAAUCGAGUUUGAUAGCCCAUUGGAACUUAUUCGAGACCAGGAGUUACUCGACUUCUCUGUCAAAACGCUAAAGACAUUUGAUCCAAUGGAAUUGCGCAACUCGAUUGUUAUAGCAAAAUCCAUGCUCUUGGCAAAGGAACUUGGUGUUAAAUCGCUUGCUGCUGGAGAUGGAGCUGACGAGAUAUUCGCUGGUUAUAGCUUUAUGCACGGUAUGCCCGAGGAAAAACUGCUAUUAUAUAUUAAGCAUAUGACAGAGACAAUGACAUUUUGUGCCAAGAAAUUUGGAGACGUUCUGGGCAUUCGCAUCAUACAGCCAUACUUGGACCUUCGGGUCAUCAAAUUUGCCAAAUCGUGUACAUCUCGAGGGGAACUCAUUCAAUCAGUCAAUAUUCCGGAUGGCGACACGGGUAAUACAAAGCAGGCACUCCAUGGUAAGAUGGUCCUUCGCCUAGCAUUUCCUGAGGCAACGUCUUGUUGGCGCAAAAAGGAUCCUAUUGAACAGGGAAGUGGAACAACGAUACUUCCACAACUCCUUCAGGCUGAAGCGGACAAGUCUUUCGAAACCACUCAACAAGAUAUACUUGAGAAAUACUCCAUCAAAAUCCGUGACCCUGAACAUCUAUACUAUUUCAAGGCAUUCCAACGAGUGUUUGGGCACAACUUAGACAAUGGUCUUGAGCGCAAUGGCAGUGAUCCUUGUAUAGGCUGCCGUUUUCAGCUACCGGAUGAUAAAGCCAUGUUUUGCAAAGUUUGCGGAGCCUGGCCAGCCCGCGAAACGGACACAAAUUAGUUCGUUGAAAAGUAUACUGUCAUUGGUAUUGGUUGCUUAUUUUCGGAACCAUGUUAGAAGUAUGAAACUGACAGCUGAAAUCUUGUAUUUGAAGACAACUUUAUCCCACCAUGACCACUUACACCUCUAAGUAUUGUAGCGUUGCUACGUUGGUAUACAUAUACCAUAUUCAGCGAUUUACAAAGCAACAAGGUGGUCAGUAGAAUCUUUUUCUUCUGUCUUCUCCGUGAUCUACGGGUUCUGUUUCCCACAAAUUAUAUCUGUUAUUUAAACUGAAACCAAUGUGAACUAAUUACAUAAAAGCUGACACUACAGGGC